ACUCUGUAUUGUGGAGAUUUCAUCUGUCAAAUAGCUAGCUAGCUGUCACUUGAAGGUAAUAAGCGGCUUGUUAUCGGUCGGUAGUUACGCCUGUUACAUACAGAACAGUAUUUCGGUUUCCGUUAACCAACACUGAGAUGGGAUCUGGUGAAAGCUCCACCAGAAAAGUGUCUUUCGGCGUUGAUGAUGACGACAGGGUCAAAAUUGUUCGUGGAGUGAAGCUCUCAGAAGACGUUCUCCAGAGGAUGAAAGGCGACCUGGCACCGGAGCCCACUGCACAGCCGUGUCCCCCCAGCCCCCAGAGAGAAGCAGCCACUCCCCCUCCUCCUCCCUCCCCCCGCCCACAGCCCCGCCCACAGCCCCGCCCACAGCCCCGCCCACAGACACCAGCCCCCACCACCAACACUACAGUUGACGACAAGAAGAGGUAUGAGCUCCAGCAGGCUGUAGUGAAGGAGGAGAUGAGCAGGAUGGCUAAGAAAGAGAGGGAGGUGGCGAGGGCGGAGAUGAGCAAGGUUCUGCAGAGAGAGAGACUCACCGCACGCCAGGACAACGACAAGGCCCAGAUAGUGGUAGGUCUGUCUGUCUGCCUCUCUGCUCAACAGCUUCAGAAGAAGGAUGCUGAGCUGAAAGCCCUGGAUGCCUUCUACAAGGAGCAGCUGUCCCAACUGGAGAAGAGGAACCUGGAGCGCUACAGCCAAGCCUGCGAGCAGUUCCAUGAAGGUGCCACAAAGUCAGAAGCUCGGAUCAAGUCUCGUAGUACAGAUCCAGUAUGCACCAGUCUCCAGGCCCAGAUUCUGACGUGCUACAGGGACAACAGAGACCAGACGCUCCACUGUUCCGACCUGGCCAAGCAGUACAUGCGGUGCAUCGACGCCGCCAAGAAGGUGACUGUCCAGUCUAGACCACGCGUAUCUACGCUACCCUACACUGACCUACCGUAGCACACACGUUCUAGC